AUGUCUUCCCAUCCUUCCAAGAGGAGGAAGCUGGCCGAUGGAGCUCAGUCUUCGGAAGGCGCACCAACCAGCGACGUCAAAAUUCAAAAGCAGUUCUUCAAGAGUGCGCAAACCUGGAACCUCGAGGAGGACUAUGAAAACCGCCCCAGGAAAGGAAAGCAGAAGAAGCAGAAGAAGCUUGCCGAUGCCACGAAAUUGCCCAUCAGGGCCGCCGAGGGAACCUGGGUUACGCAGGAGGAGGAGGAUGCCGAGAUUGCCAGCGAUGCCGAGUGGCUAGAGAGUGAAGGAGAGGAGGCCCCUGAGGAGGAGGAGGUUCAGCCUGAGCCGGAAGCACCCAAGAUUCCCGAGAAGGAACAGAUCAGGAGAGCCCAGGAGGAAAUGGCCAAGAUCGCAACGCAACUCAACGAAGACCCAGAGGAGCACCCGGGUGCUUUCAAGGCGCUCGCCAAGUUUUCAGAGUCGGAUCUUCUCGCCAUCAAGAAGCUCGCCAUUGUUGUCCAGAUGACCGUCUACAAGGAUGUCAUUCCUGGCUACAGGAUAAGGCCGGCCUCGGAGGAUGUGGCCAAGGAGAAGCUGUCCAAGGAUGUCAAGCGGUUACGCGUCUACGAGCAGGCCAUGGUUACCGGUUACUACCAGUACAUCAAGACCCUCGCUGCCCUUGCCGGCGGAGCUAUUCGUGACAAGGGGGCAAAGCAGCCCAUCACCAGCAUCGCCCUUACCUGCGCCUGCACUCUUUUGAACGCGGUACCGCACUUCAACUUCCGCGGCGAGCUUCUCAAGAUCAUCAUCAAGAAGCUGAGUUACCGAAAUAUCGACAAGGACUUUGUCAAGUGCCGGACUGCUCUCGAGACCCUGCUCCACGAGGAUGAGGAUGGUCAACCCGCCAUGGAGGCCAUCUCGGUACUCACAAAGAUGAUGAAGGCUCGUAACUACCAGGUUGACGAGAGCAUCCUCAACCUUUUCCUCCACCUGCGCUUGCUUGACGAGUUCUCCGGCAAAGCUUCCAGAGACACGGUGGAGAAGCAGGAUGAUGGGUCGGUUAAGAAGCAAAAGCAAAAGAAGGAGUUCCGCACCAAGCGCGAGCGCAAGCUUCUCAAAGAGCAGAAGGAGGCUGAAAAGGUCAUGGCCCACGCCGAUGCGGCUGUCAGUCACGAGGAGCGCGAGCGGAUGCAGUCCGAAACGCUCAAGAUGGUUUUCGCCUCGUACUUCCGCAUCCUCAAGAUGCGCAUCCCGAACCUCAUGGGUGCCUGUCUUGAGGGUCUGGCCAGAUACUCCCACCUGAUCAACCAGGACUUCUUUGGCGAUCUCCUUGAGGCCCUAAAAGACCUUAUUCGUUAUAGCGAAAUGGACGCUAACAAGGAGGACGAUGACUCGGAUGACGAAAAUAAGGAGGAUGAGGUGGACGAAGAUGAUGAGCAUGAGUUCGUCCGUGACACCAGUCGCGAGGCGCUCCUCUGCACUGUCACCGCCUUCGCUCUUCUUGAAGGCCAAGAUGCCCACAACGCCCGCUCUGAUCUUCACCUUGACCUCUCCUUCUUCAUCACUCACCUCUUCCAGUCCCUUCUCUCUCUCUCCGUCAACCCGGACCUCGAGCUCGGCGCCCAGUCGCUCCAGCUCCAGAACAGCGUGCGCCGCAACAACCGCAUCAACCUGCAGACCACCACCGUGCUGCUCGUCAAGUGUCUGAGCGGUAUCCUACUGCCUCCCUGGAACAUCCGCUCCGUGGCGCCUCUCCGUCUGGCCGCCUUCACGAAGCAGCUCAUGUCUGGGUCGCUCCAGGUGCCUGAAAAGUCCGCCCAAGCUUUGCUUGGCUUGCUCGCCGACGUGCUACACACGCACGGCAGGAAGAUCAGCUCUCUCUGGAACACGGAGGAGAGGAAGGGCGACGGCACGUAUAAGCCGCUUGCGGCAACGGUGGAGGGUAGCAACCCGUUCGCGUCGACGGUGUGGGAGGGCGAGCUGUUGAGAAAACAUUAUUGCCCCAAGGUGAGGGAGAGCGUGAAGCAGCUGGAGAAGAGCAUCAAGAGUAUCAAAUAG